GAUGAGGACGGAGUGACAGGCAGAGGAGAGGCCCCGCCCGGCCUAUUCCUCACUCACACAUCUGCCGCAGCUGCCCGGGGCGUGUGUAGGGGGAGGGACGGGGAGGUUUUUACAGAACACAUACGCACUAUAAUUGGGCUAUUCGAAGAGGAAAGGCAAUGACCGGUCCAAUCGGAGUGAGCUAGGUAGCUGAAGGUGGGGCUGGCGGUUCGUCUGAACAGGAAAAUCAGUGCAGCAGUGGUGGUAGUGUGGCGGCCACCGGGAGCUGCAGACGUUGUACAGUGUGAGGUGCGGCCAGUGUCAGGGAAUGUCGCUCGCCGUGCGCCGCUGCUACAGCCAUUCUCAGGCGGGAUCGGGGCUGCUAUCCUAGUGCUGCCGCCUGGUAUCUGAGGAAGCCGCCGAGAGACGAGGCGGAGAAACACGUCAUACGAAGGGGCUACACGGAGAAAUUUCCACUACUGACGUCAGACUGUUCCCUUGCCGCAGGAGAACGUGAACCUCCGGGGAAAGGAGAGACCAAACCCGUACUUCCACCGACCACCAAUGCUGUAAGACACUGGCAUAGCCAGCAGAGUGGACGGGAAGGAUCAAAUCCGGGGAGACGCAGGUUAUGGUACCCAGUAUUCGCUUCUAAACCAGCAGUGAGAAGUCCCUGAGCUGCAGAAACGGAGCCUAAUCCUCAGGAAUCAUGCAUCACGCAGUCCAGGUAUGGUUUGGAGAUGAUCUUCCAUUAUGUCCAAAAAGCCCGUUGAUGCCAAGACAUGGCCCGGGUCUGACUGAUGUCUUCCAGUAUGACCAGUGGUUGGCUGUGCGCCAUGAAGCAACGCUGGUACCUAUGCAGGAAGAUCUGGCAAUAUGGCUGAGUGGCUUGUUGGGUAUAGAGGUUAGAGGAGAUCGAUUUAUGGAAGAGCUUGACAAUGGUGUUUAUCUCUGCCAGCUAAUCCAUGUUGUGCAAAACACUAUGAGACAGUGCUGUACAGCUGAAGAACUCAUGGGUGUGCCUAUGCGAAGGGUUCCGUGCAGAAAAGAUGCUCCACCUGGGUCAUUCUUUGCCCGAGACAACACGGCCAACUUUCUCCGCUGGUGUAAAAGCAUUAAAGUGGAUGUUGCUUAUCUGUUUGAAUCCGAGGGCUUGGUGCUGCAUAAAGAUCCCCGACAAGUGUGCCUUUGUCUUCUUGAUGUUGGGCGAAUCGUAUCCAGAUAUGGAGUGGAACCACCCAUCCUAGUAAAAUUAGAAAAAGAGAUUGAGCUUGAAGAGACACUGUUAAUGGAAUCUGGACCGUUGGCGCCCACCACGAUUAAGAAAUCUUGCUGUCACCAUGAGCUACAUGAGGCUGUGACACACAUUGCUCAGGACCCUCCCUGCAAUUGCUCCCACAGGUUCUCUAUUGAAUACUUAUCUGAGGGUCGCUAUCGGUUAGGAGAUAAGAUUCUGUUCAUAAGGAUGCUACAUGGAAAGCAUGUUAUGGUUCGCGUUGGGGGAGGAUGGGACACUCUUCAAGGGUUUUUGCUCAAAUUUGAUCCAUGCAGAGUCCUUCAGUUCAGCACUUUGGAGCAAAAAAUUCUACAGUUUCAAAAAGGAGGACAAAGUGAGAAUGUAUCAUUGCAGUCGAGCAAAGUUCCACAGCCCCCUGUAAUGAACCCCUUUUCUGCAAUUAGUGCUUCUCGGAAGCCAGCAUCCACACCACCUACUACAGCAGCCUCUUCAACCCCUAGUCCCAGAAGUCUGCAGUCUCCAAUAUCAACUUAUCAAAGGGGAACAAGGAAUACCCCAUCUGCAGCAGUAUGCACCAAAGUCCAAACCGUGCCAAGAAAGGGUUCACCAUUACUGCCUGAGCCACAGAAGAAGGUGGCAAAGAAAUCUAAUUCCCCUCCACAUAUUGCUACUACUAGACUUGAAACCAAAGAGGCACAGGAUAUUUCUAGGAAAAACCUACAUACAUAUAGUAGCAGUAAAACUGCUGCCAAUGUUCACAGUGCAGUUGGGAAAAGCAAUGUGUCAUCACAUGCUGCUAAGGUAACUAAGAGUGACAGAAACUUGGUACAACAUGGUGGCCCAAACCAACGGGUACAGUUACCCAGAACUUCUCCCACAGCACCUGCACAUCUCCGUACACUACCAAAGCAUACUCCUGGCUCCCAGUCACAGUCUGCACCUUUAAAACUAGCUUCAAAUUCUCCCAAAGCAGCUACUACAGCCACUAAAUCAAACACGGCUGAAGUACUGCAUGGCAGGAGUACAACCACCAAGAAAACUGCUGCAACCACACAGUCCUCCAGCGACGUGAAAGCAAGUAAAAAGGCAAACUUGCCACAGAAACACCUGAUGGACAGGAAGCCGUUUGUGGUGUCUUCCCGUGUACCUGCUAAAAUGCCCCUAUUCCCCUACCCUUCUCACCCUAUGGCGAAACAGCCGACUACAGCUGCUCAGCCAAACGCUGGCAGUAGGAAUGCUACUAAACCGGCGCAGUCUCUGAAAAAUGCCACUGAUAAAAGUGUACCUGAUAAGACCACAUUUUCAGGACGGACUCCCUUGUCUGUAGUUAAACUUCCACAGUCUGCAUCCAAAACACCAACUUCGCCAAAGACCAAACCAGUUGUAAAAAGUCAGCCAGUGGGUAACACAGUGAAAAAAGUCACCUCAAAGACAAAAGUGGCCAGCAAAUCUGGCCCCAAUCCCGUGAAAGAUAAAUUACCCACAAACCAGAAAGAACACUGUAUUGUGUCCAAGAAAUAAGUAGUGAUAUUUAAAAAUAAAAACCAGUUCACCGCUUUGCUAAUCUUUACUCACUGUGCUCUGAUGGAUGUUGCAGGAUGUUUGGCCUGUUGUCAGCAUGCAGCAUGUCUUGUUUCCUGCAGGUAAAGUUCUUCUGUUAAAUUUCUUGCCAAGUACAAUCAUCUAGAGAAAGCAAAGCAGGUAGUGUUUUUUUUUUUUUUUUUGCAGGAGCCAGUAAUACUUUGGUAGGAUACUGUAUAAGUACAUCUGAGUAAUCAAGUAGAUGACAGAAUAGCAGCUGCCUUAUAUACAUUAUCUCUUAUUCAAGAAAGUCUAAACAGUAUACAUGGUCACUGCUUUUUAUAUGGACGCUACUGCUGGCAGGAAGACCGCAAUUUUUAAGAAUACCAAAAUCCCAAUUUAAAUCCUAUAGUACAUUUGUACAUUUUAAAUAUUUUCUAGAUUUUAAAGUAAAUAUCAAUAACUGCAUUGGUCACUGACCAUAUAUAGUCUAGUGAGUGCCAUUAGUAUGAUUACAGAUGGGCGUCCUAUUUGAAUAUUGCUGCGAUAUGCACAUUUUAAUGAACACCACACGGAUUCUAAACACAAAAUAAAAUCUCCGUAAUCCUAAAGAGGAAGGUGCAGUCUGGCACUCUGUCACCCAAGCAAUCAUCAAAUGCUCAUGCAGUAUGCAACCAGAACAGCCACUUUAGCUUCUGGUUACUGAGUGAAUGAUUGUGCAGGUCCAGUGACUGAACCAUCUGCACAAGGAUUGAGCAUUAAAAUUAAAAAUUCUUCUGUGUCUUUUUUAAGCAAGGGAGUUGAUUUAUUACAGAUGCAAAAGGGGGAUAAAUUGUCUGACUGUUGGGGUUAUUCUAUGGACAUAGGCAGUUCUAUUUAUUAGGAUAGGUAGUUUUACACUAAUUGCAGGUCAGGUGAAGGUCCUAUAAUGACAAUAUCUUGGGACUUGUUACUUAUUGGCAUAUUUACACGCAUCACACAGAUAUCUUACUUUGUGGUAGACUAUUUGAGAUUGCCAUGGAAGAAGAUGAAACGGGCAAUGAAUUUGAUGGUCUUUUACAAUGGUAUUCUGAUAACUAUUGUACUAAUCAGCACAACGUGGUGAUGAUGCUCUUACUUAUAAAGUAUUUAAUAGAACAUGCAUCUAGACUACAAAAACAAGUUCUUCAAUCUGAAACCAUUGAGCAAACCAUUUGUAGAGGUAAAUGUUUAGAACCAGUCACUUUUUUGGCAUCUAUACUGGUAACCUAUAACUGCAAGAUCCAGUAUGCAACACAUUUUGUUUCUGUUCAGUUGUAGUGUUUUCUUUGUUUUUGUAAAAAAAAAAAAAAAGUAAGAUGUCUUUUGGAUCUUUGCUCCAAUGUUAAACUGGAAUAUUGAUGUUUUAUAUGGUUUCUAACCUUUUAUGUGGGUUUUUUUUUAUUUAUGAAUAUGUAGUAUUCAUAUUGUGAAUGUUUUUUAUAUUCUGGUCAGAUUUUAUGCAUAAACAUUUUUGUAUGUUUUGACUCUUGCCAAUAACCCUAAACAACUAUUUGUGAAACUAAUGUUUUUGUAGUACGUAUUGAAAUCUAUGCAAUAACCAGAUCUGCAGCCACAAUAUAACUCAAAUAUGUAGUUUUGCAUUUAGUCCCCAAAGCAUUUUAAGUGUUUUAUAAUCAUUUAGGCAUAUAAUGCUGAUAUAGGUUUAUGUCCCCUCCAGCCUACUGAGAAACAAAUAGUUGGGAAUUCCUGGUAUAAGUUAUUAGUGUGUAAAGCACUGACGUAGAAAAUUAAAUAUAGAAUACACACACACACACACACACACACACACACACACACACACACACACACACACACUUUUCAUUCUAGCUUUGACCUAUGUGUAGACUGAAACGGUUUUCCAAACUCCCCUGAUUCAGUGAUGGAUUCAAACAGUAGGAACAGCUGUUGGAUUCGUUUAAUGACACUUAUGCGUUGAUGUUCAAUAUUAUCAUUUUAAACCGUUCUAUUAUACUGUCUCAUCUGUUUAGCGAUGUCUAAAUAUUUGAUUGCCUUCAAAACAGCACAAAACAUCUUUCAAUGUACUAUAAAUGUAAUAUAGAUGUAUUACGUUGAUCUUUGAAAUGUAAACAAUUGCACUUUAAUAAACACGGUUUGUGAAAAA